AUGUUGAAAAUUAUGGAUUAUAAACAUAUGAAAUUUUGCUUUUUGUUUAUAUUAAUUUGGAUAAUUGGCAAUAAUUGCUUUCCAAAUGAUUGUAUGGCUAUAAAAGAUCGUGGAUAUCGUUGUGAAAAUGAUACAGAAUCAAAAAUUAUGUUCUAUUUUGAUAAUGAAACAGAACAGUGCUUACCAUUUUUAUACGAAGGUUGUGGUGGCAAUGAAAAUCGUUUUUCAAAUAUUGAAACGUGUAGAAUAAAUUGUAUUCCACAAGAUUAUGGAUGGUGCGCAAUGAAAGGAAAAGCUUAUGAGGAUAAUGAGAGUAGUACGGUGAUCUGUUCUGGGCCAAGUUCCGAUCAAUGUCCUGAGAAAUACAUUUGCAGACAUCUGGCAUUCUUUGGAAUUUGUUGUCCAAAAAAAACUGAAGAAAUGUUUGCAAAAAAUUUCAAUCCAUCGUGUACAAAUGGAAAUUUGGUGAAAUUUACAAGUACUGAUGAUAGUUUUAAUAUAACAUUACUUGGAAAGAGUUGCAGUGAUCAAUUCUGUCCAGAAAAUAGUAAUUGUUUUCAACAAGAAAUAUUUGCUUAUUGCUGUCAAUAA